UUAUCUUUAUGUUUCGGAGCUUCAUUCACCUCAAACGACAGAAAGCGGCGGAGAAAUGAACGAUCAGGACGACGACCUCGGUGCUUUUGAUCCAAACAUACCCGAGGAGGGACCCUCAGCGCCCCCUCCAGGCUGGCUGGAGGACAUACAUGGAUACCAGGGCCACGAAGGAGGAGAGGGUGACAACCCGCUGUACCCCCCUCCUCCUGCCUACACCCCCCAGCCCGAACUCAACAAGAACACUUUGGUGCCCGACGUCAGGGUCCCCACAGUGUCGGAGGACGUGGCCAGAGAUGCCUUGCUGAAAUUUGUGGAAUCUAAAUGGAGGUACAGCUCCAAACCUGCCAGGAACCUGACCUUCAAAGAGCUGAAGCCCAUCACUGUGUACAGGUAUCGACUGGAGACGUACACCGAGACCAGAACCGCGCCUGGGCAGUUUGAGCCCUACAACGGACAGAUAGUGGAUGGUCCUCAGUUUGGAAAGCCCCCGCCGUGGGACAUUCCUGUGACGCUGCCGCAGAGAUACACUGACAAGGUGGAGAAGGUCCGAGUGCCACAUUCGUCAUUUGUGAAGCCAUGUCACAAGUGCAACGGCUGUGGAAGAACUCGCUGUGGUAACUGCCAUGGGAGAGGCCAGAAGCGUUGUUUUACCUGCCACGGCUCGGGGUACAGACGGCGCCCCGGGAAUCACAAGCGGUCCUCGGGGAAGACGCGUUGUUCUUCUUGUAGCGGGAGAGGCCGGAAGAGGUGUAUUUCCUGUCACGGCCACGGCUACAAGACCUGCCCCAUGUGUCAUGGCAGCCAAAACCUGCUGCAUUUCAUCCAGCUCACCGUGACAUGGAAAAACGACGUAACUGAUUUCAUCCCGGACCGUCAGCCUGACUUCCCCGACAAGAAGUUCGAGAAGGUGACGGGGGAUCCGUUCUUCGUCGAUGAGAGCGUUCUGGUUUACCCUAUCCAGGGUUUCCCCGAUCAGGAGAUCUGUGACGUUUCUACAAAAACCAUUAAUGACCACCUCAAUCGCUUCAGUUCCACCAGCCGCCGCAUCCUGCAACAGCGUCAGACCAUCGAGCUGGUGCCUCUGACUCACGCUUAUUACACUUACAGUGGAAAAGACUACAGCUUCUUCGUGUACGGAGUGGAGAACAAGGUCUUUGCGGCCAAAUAUCCCACUGCAUGUACUAUUCUAUAAGUAACAUGAGGAAGUAUUUAAUCCUCUCAGUACGUGUUCUGUGUAGUGCAGGUCGUAUACUGUAGGAGGGAAAGGGCAGCAGGCGGAAAAAGGCGGAAUAAUUGCUUAAAUGUACCUACCUGUAUUCACCAAAAAUCUAUAGUAGCAGUAUCCAGUUUACUUUUCGUGUGACGACAUUAAUCGUCCGUAUUCACUGUUCAAUAUGCCUUCACAUUUCAGCAUGUGACAAUAUGGUGCUUUAAAUGACCAAACGAAGCCUUAACGUUGUGCUAAAACUUUUACAUUUUUUGUACAAUAUUCCUCAGGACAGGACACUAUCUCAUAAAGCUACAGAUCUAUGGAGGAUCAAAUCUGCCAAAAUAAAUAAAUAAUUGAAAUACAAAAAAAAAGAUGACAAAUAAAAAUCCCAAUAAUUUAAUAAAUAUUAUGACAAGAAAAGCUGUGCAAUGGCUCGUAGUGGGAUGUGGGACAAGUACAAUGGAGUUGUGAAUUAUCGCUGCGAUUAACCCUUUGAAACCAGGAUGGUCAGUUGUCUUGUGCUGCUUUCAGGUGCCUUCAACAAGCAUUUAAACCUUUAAAAACUACCUUAAAAAUAGUGGGAUUAAUAGAAAAUUAUAUUAAAAGCAGGAGGGGAAAUAUCCACAAAAUUAUAUUUCAAAUUAUUAUACUUAUGUUA